AUGAUGACGUCGGUAGAGAACCCAAAAGACAGUGAGAAGGGCAAGAAAAUUCUCAAGUUUGACAAGGUUGUCAAGGCAACUCUGGCUAUAGAAUGUCUUUGUGUUUACUUCAUAACCUUUGAGGCUAAAGAGGAAUCUAAAAAUGAGACAACAACUUAUCAGGCCAGGGUAAAUUAUUAUGGUCAUAGGAAUUCUGAUGGUAAAAGAUUUCAUGAAAGCUUUGAUGUGUAG